GCUGUCCGUCAGUCUUGGUCUGUGGUGGAAUAUAUAAGCGCGUGGAUCUGCUGUGCCACAGCGCGAGAUGGAGCAUCGCGAGCUCGCGCAUUCAUGAACAUUCUCGAAAUCAAAGUCUGUUUUUAUAAUAAUCACUAUUUUAGGGAGUACUUUUCACAUUUACAGUAGCAUCUCUAGUGCAGCUGCGUCUGUGCACGGCUCCAGUGAGGGCGGAUCUGUCGCUCAACAUAGUGUGCCUUUUGCGUUAUUUUUAUGUGAUUUUCACGUUCGUAUUUACGAAGGGAGGAGAAACGAUCGCGCUUAGUAGUGUGUGUGUGUUAAAGUACGUGUGUGUUUGUGUUAGAUAGGGGCGGGAGCUUUUGAGACUCAAGUUUCUGUGGCAUUAUUCAUGAGCAGUGCGGUAGACCCUCCUGGAGGCGGAGUUAUUCAAAUUAGCAGGGCGUGUUAGUGUCACAAGCACAUCAAUGUACAUCAAACUAUACUGAAGGAUCACUAGACAAUCGUACCUGCCGUAGAGGCUAAUGGAUGUGUACCGCGAUGUCCGUACAAAGUGAGCUUCCGGCUGCUGGCGGGGCAGGUUUGCACGCUCCGUCGCCGCUGCAGAUGUCCGUCACCAUCCAGGAGGAGGUGACCGCCAACAUGGUGCUAACUGAACUCGCUGCCAAUCAUGUGACCCCUCAAGAUGCCGUCAACAACGAGGGAUCCUUCCAGAUUAAAAACGGCUUGCAGUCGCGAGCCGAGACGACGACGCAGCCGCACAAACUGAACAAGCGGCGCUACAGCAUGAACGUUGGGUUUAAACACCCAAGUCUUGGUAAACGCAGACGCCGCGCCAACUCCGAAUGCGACCCAGUGCUGCCCACCAACUUCCAGCUGGGCGGGAACAUCUUCGACCCGUUGAAUCUCAACAGCCUGUUGGACGAGGAGGUCAGCAAGGCGCUCAACGCCGAGACGCCCAAAUCGUCGCCGCUUCCCACCAAGAACCGAGAGCCGGUGGAGAUUCUAAUCCCCAAAGACAUCACAGACCCGCUGAAUCUGAGCUGCGGAGACGCAGCUGCGGGCGUGUUGGUGUCGCCCAUGAAGAGCAGGCGCAGACACCGCAACCGACAUCAUCCGGGAGCGAUCGUUGACGUUUCAGAUAGCGAGAAGUCAAAGGUCAUCGAGGGGUCGGCGUCAGGCUCGGUGCUUCCUCUCGCCGAGGCUGCAGACGCCGUCGUGCUCAAGCCUGUGGAGGAGUCGCCGCGUCCGUACGAGCUCAACACGUCAAUCAACUGCCGUGACGAAGUGGUUCCGCCCAUAUUGCCGCGGCGGCGGUCCCAUCCCUCCUCGACUAACUCCGGCCAGUCAUCCAAACACAGGAAGCGUCGACGAACCACCAGCCAUUCCGACCGCCUGUCCAUCACGCCGACUCCUCCCAUCAAGCGGCCAAUCACGACCUUCCACACUCCAGUUGUGGGUGGAGUCAGCGGAGCUCCUCCUCCGGGGGCGGAGAAAACCCCGCAGCAGCGCAAGCCGCAGCGAAGGUUCCAGUACGGAAACUACAGUCGUUAUUACGGUUACCGCACACCGUCGCUAACCGCCGACCCGCGCUUGGCCUUCUUUAAACCGGAGUGGUUCCGUGGCAAAACCGUCCUGGACGUGGGCUGUAACACGGGUCACAUUACCCUUGCUAUCGCCAGACACUGGAGCCCCGAGCGCAUCCUGGGCCUGGACAUCGACGGAGCGCUGGUGCACGCGGCCCGGCAGAACCUGCGCCACUUCCUGUCAGAGCUGCAUGACAGGAAGCAGUCGAACGCAGGUGGGUCGGAGGUCGAAGCGUUGGCACCGCUGAUGGGCCUGCAGCUGGACCGGGUUUCAGCGUUACCCAGGUUUCCCAUCUCCUUCACGCGGUGCCGUGGACCCAUCGCCACGCUUCCCAUGAUGCAUGUCCCGGGCCUGUUCCCCUGCAACGUGUCCUUUCUGAAGGGCAACUAUGUUCCGGACAGUGAUGCGGCAGUGAUGUCACAGCGCGCAGAGUACGACGUCAUUCUGUGUCUGAGUUUGACCAAGUGGGUUCAUCUGAACUUUGGUGACGCUGGAAUCCAGAGACUGUUUCGUCGCAUCUACAGACACCUGUUACCUGGAGGAGUGCUGAUCCUCGAACCACAGCCCUGGAGCUCCUACAGUCGCCGCAAGAGACUGACGGACGUGACCUACAGGAACUACAGCAGCAUCAGACUGAAGCCUGAUAAGUUCAGCUCCUUCCUCACCUCUGAGGUCGGCUUCAGCAGCUACGAGCUGAUCGGGACGCCGCGCGCAUGUGCUAAAGGAUUUCAGAGGUCAAUUUACCUGUUCCAUAAAGGCCCGGCCUCCAACAGGAAGUGAUUUUUAAGAAGAGCGACAGAAUCGUCUUUGGAUCUUCUAAAUGAAAACCAACACACACGUUUUGGUGUUUGGUAGCGUUGUGCUGAGGUUUGUGUCUUCCUGUGCCCUACAGAGGGAGCGCUGGACUACUUCCUGUUUGCUCUGUUUUGAACUGUUAUACAUGUCAGAAUUGAGACUCUUUGACCUCUGGGUCACAUGAGCGUGAGUGUGUCACGUUUGUUGUGUGAAUCGAUCCUCUGUGACGACACAUGACUGCACAGACUCUUCUGAGUGGCGUUUCCUGUAACACGGACACACGCCUGUUCUUCAUGGCUUCAUAUCUGAGCCGCUUCCACAUGUGCAAAUAAAUCUGAUGUGUUUCUGA